CCAGUAUUGCAACAUGGCGUCGUUGGACCGACGGUGUUUUCUGUGCGAGUUGUGACGGCCAUUCGUGUACGCGAAAACAAUGUCCUAAAAAAUCGGUGACCCGGGGGGCCCGUAUCGUAUCGCGUGCCAAGCGUGCAAAGCCCGUGUGAUAGCGGUGCGUCGUGGACACACACACACACAGAAGUGCGGGGUGGUGCGUGUGGGAUGCGGUGAGUAGUCGGUCCCGACUGCACUUCCUAAGUCCGAGAGAUGAACGCGGCGGGCGACAACGUUUACGACUUCAAUUCGGACGAGAACGCGGCCAAAUGGAAGGGCCUGUUGACUGCGCCCCUGAAAAAAGUGUUGGAACAGGUACAUCCGUCAUUGGAGGCGCGAGAAGAUGCCCUCGAAUACGUGGAGAACCUGUGCCUGCGUCUGCUCGGCAUGCUCUGCGCAUCCAGCCCCCACACCGUGCAAGAUGUGGAGUAUAGGGUGCAGAGCACGUUCCCCACACCGAUCGACAAGUGGGCGCUGAAGGAGGCGCAGGAGGCGCUUGACAACAAGGGCAAGAAGAAACCAGUUCUGCUUUUGCCCGUUGAUAAAAUACACAAGCUGCUACAAAAUGAGCUGCUGCUGUACAAAGUGGACACCACAGUCACACUGUUUCUGGUGGCAGUACUCGAGUACAUUUCCGCGGACAUACUAAAACUAGUCGGCAACUACGUAAAGAACAUCAAACACCUGGAGAUCACCUAUCAGGACGUACAGAUCUCGAUGAAGGUCGACAAGGCACUCAUGGACAUGUUCUACCAGGACGAGGGGGGAGGCGUCGGCGUGGGCGAACCCCCUGUCAUGGUGACCGGGGCGCCGCGCACCAGUCUGACCUACGAGGAGGUGGUCAGGGAGCUGAUCGCGUCGGAGAAGGCAUACCUCAAGGAGCUGCACAUGUUGAUCAAGGUGUUCAAGGAGGAAAUCACCAAGCUGGGCUCGGAUCAAAGGGAGAUCGAUCUGAUAUUCUCCAACAUAAUGGACAUCUACGAGCUGACGUACACAUUGAGCGGCAGCCUGGAGGACGUCAUAGAGAUUGCGCAGGAUCAGACGCCGUUAAUCGGCAGCUGUUUCGAAGAGCUGGCCGAAGCGGCAGAGUUCGACGUCUACAUUAAGUACGCACGCGACGUGACGGCGCCCACUUGCCGCGACACCUUGAACAACCUGCUGAGCAAGCCGGAAGUCGAAUGUACGCUGAACACGGCGGGACAGGGAAUGAGACUCGCCCUGAAAUAUUAUUUGCCCGCCCUGUUGUUCGGGCCAAUUUGGCACUGCUUCUCCUACUUGGACUACAUCAGGUUGCUGAGGAAUCUGUCGCCGGCGCACGAAGAUCGGGAGACCCUGUCACAAGUGGAGGGGCUACUCAAGCCACUUCAAAUUGAACUAAAUCGUUGCGUGCCGAGGACUUCGGGUCCAUUGCCGCAGGUGAGGGCUAGAAGGAUCCAGGCUCUCAUGAAGAUCCAAGAUUUGGAGAAGAAUGUCGAGAACUGGGACGGCAGGGACUUGGGACAGUGUUGCAACGAGUUUGUACGAGAGGGAGUGCUGCAAAAGGUGGCAAGUUCAGGUAAACGACUGACAGACCGUCGUAUCUUCCUAUUCGACGGCCUGAUGGUGUUGUGCAAGCCGUACUCUCGUCGCCAAAGCUCGAUCCAUCAUCAGAACAGCUUGGAGUGCAAAGUUAAGGAGCGUUUCUUCAUCAGAAAAGUGGAAAUAGUUGACCAUGCUGACACGGAGGACUUGAAGAACGCUUUCGAAAUAGCACCCAGGCAUAUGCCACCACCAUCCGUGAUUUUGUGCGCCAACACGGUCGAGGAGAAGAACACUUGGAUGGCUGAUUUAGUAAUGCUCAACACAAGGUCAAUGCUGGAGCGAAUAUUGGACAGCAUACUGUCGGACAUAGAGCGGAAGCACCCGCUCAAAUUGCCGCCGCCCGAAUUGUACAAGUUCGCCGAGCCCGACUCCAAAGACAACAUCAUCCUGGAGCAGAGAGAAAACGGCGGCGUGCCGCUAAUUAAGGGCGCGACCUUGUACAAACUGAUCGAAAGACUGACCUACCACAUCUACGCCGAUCCCAAGUUCGUGCGUACGUUCCUGACGACGUACCGCAGCUUCUGUUCGCCGAGCGUUCUCCUGAGUAUGCUCAUCGAACGGUUCAACAUUCCGGAACCGGCGCUGGUGUACGAGGACUGCACCACCGACACCGACAAGAUGCAGAAGAACAACCAGAGGGAGGACUGGAAGAAGUAUCGCAAGGAGUACGUACAGCCGGUGCAGUUCAGGGUGCUGAACGUGCUCAGACACUGGGUGGACCAUCACUUCUACGACUUCGAGCGGGACCACGCUCUGCUGGUCAGGCUGCAGGAGUUCCUCGACUCGAUCAACGGCAAGAGCAUGAGGAAAUGGGUCGACAGCAUCACCAAGAUCGUUCAGAGAAAAAUGGAGAACGAUAAUCACAAUCAGAGGCACAUAAAGUUUGCGUUCGAGGAGGCUCCGCCCCCAAUUGAGCGUCACUUGGUGUGUCCUGAAGAGGAGUACGGCAUACUGACGUUGCAUCCGGUCGAAAUAGCCCGACAACUCACGAUCUUGGAGUUCGAGCUCUACAGGACGAUCAAACCAUCUGAACUGGUUGGUUCCGUUUGGACAAAGAAGGAUAAAGAGCUUACCAGUCCCAAUCUGCUCAGAAUGAUCAAACAUACCACUAAUUUUACUCGUUGGUUGGAAAAGAAUAUAGUAGAUGCUGAGAAUAUAGAUGAAAGAGCUGCGAUUCUGAACCGGAUUUCCGAAAUAUUAAUUGCUUUGAACGAAAUUAACAAUUUCAAUGGGGUUUUGGCAAUUGUUUCGGCUACUGGAUCUGCUGGAGUUCACAGACUCAAGUUUACAUUUCAGCGCCUGACCGAACAAAACCGCAAAGCCUUGGAGGACAGCCGACCGGACGACCACUUCAAAAAGUACCAGGAGAAACUGCGUUCCAUAAACCCGCCCUGCGUUCCAUUCCUGGGCAUGUAUCUCACCAACAUCUUACACAUUGAGGAGGGCAACCCCGACUUCCUGCCUAACACAGAACUCAUCAACUUUUUCAAACGCCGCAAAGUGGCCGAAAUAACCGGCGAAAUUCAACAAUACCAAAACCAACCGUAUUGCUACGCAGUCGAGAGAAGAAUCAGACAUUUCCUGGAGAACUUGAAUCCGUUUCCGGACAUGAACGACACCGAGAUUAGCAACUACAUUUACACCAAAUCGCUGGAUCUGGAACCCAGGGAGGCGAAAGCCCCCACAAAGUAUCCACGCAAGUGGCCCCACUUGAGCUUGAAGAGUCCCGGUAUUAAGUCGAAAGUUAUCAAGAACACGGCCAGUGCUGUCACUUCGGUGAUCACGUCGAUGAAUCCGACGAAGAGCGACGAGUCGAGGAGUUCCAGUAGCAGCAACAGCACUCUUACUGAAAGUUCCAAGUUUGAGAACGACUUCAGCGUCUUUGCACAGGUGCAGUUGGGAACCGGGCAAAACAGUCCGACUCUGAGUCCGGUGUCGCCGGCUUCGACGUCGACAAUGCCCUUCCCCACCCACCACCAUCACAGGAGUGCCAGCGUCUCAUCGAUAACGCCAAUCAUGCGAUCCAGCCGCGGAGAUCAUCACAUGCCACAAAGCAGGAGCAGCCAUGCAAGUCAGAGCUCUACAGGCGGUCCCAACAGUCCGGGCCCGCACAGUCCCGCCUCGCCCGGACCUGGUCUGCAGGCGUUCGAGCCCAGCAGCCCGAGGCCACCACCCACUCCGCCGCCGCCACGUCCUCCCCUGCCGCCACGCCGCAGGGACAGUCCCGAGAUCAGCUCUCCUCAGAUUAAACAGUCGCCCGGCGCACCGCCGGUUCCGCCUCGGGACUCGUCGGUCCGGCCGAAGGACACGACGGCCCCGCCCCUCCCGCCACGUCGGGAGCCCGGUUCAUCGCCCGGAGCACACGGAGCCCCGCCCACUCACAUGUCCAACCAUCACGCGCCUAUCAUAGCGCCCAGAUUGAACCCGACGAGCACGUCGCAAUUGCUGAUGCGUCGAACAAACAACCUGCACGCCCAGCAGCAGCAGCAACAACAACAACACGCCAACAAUCCAGUCUACAACGGCGGCAUGAACUUCGUGUCGAGCACUGUGCCCAUCCAGCCGGCGCCCAACGUGUCGCCGCGCAACCUGAGCGGCCAGAGCACGCCCGAGCUGCCGCCCAAGCCCGCCCUCAUACGUUCGGCGGAGUUCACGACCGGCACCAUGUUCCGGUAUCCCAGCACCACCAACUCGUAGAGAGGCGGGCAUUCGCCUUGGAACGGCGGUGGCAACGCCGCCAAACGCAACCAUAUUCUAAUUCAUACCUCCGAUAGCAUUAAAGUACAAAGUACAAAAGAUGAUUUCUUGAAGACGGACGAGAUGAUUUAAAUGAUGGAAUAAUAAUUACGUGCGCUUGAUUUAAUUAAGAUUGCCUUGAUUAACGUCUAAAAAAAGACCUAUUUGCCUGUUUUUGUCUUGAUCACACAAAAGAAACAAUUGAUUAUUUAAACCGACCGACCUAUUAUGUGUACCAACAAAUGUUUCCUCCCACUUUCUUAGGACUAAGCCGUUGUAAAUUUCCCCUCCUUGUACAUAAUGUAACAUAAUGUAUAUGUAACAAAAAAAACAUAGAUGCCAAAUACGGUUAUUUAGUAAGAUGUUUUCUAUAUGUUAAGUGAAACACUCAAAGUGUGUCAAAAUGCAGAUCGUUCAUCCCUCCCAAAGUAACACACAACACGCGCCACAACAGGGUAAUACGAAAACAUUAAAAAAAUAAAUGAAGAAAACAGUUUGUCGCCCAGACAAUAACUCUUAAAACACUUGAAAUCGGUUUUAACACACUUUGCGCCUGAAGUAAUAUUAUUAAAAAAAAAAACGAUGCGCGUUGCCGAUAUUACGUCAGUCCUGAUGGAAUUGUUAAAGUAUAGUUGUUCUUAGUUUCGUUUCAGGGCAUGGAGUGGCGUGCAAAACCGACAGCGAGGCAGGAGAAUCGUGGCAAUUUUGCACGCCACUUUGGCCCGACAUUUUAAAAUGAUUUUUUCAACUGUGAUAGUAGCAAGGACCACUUUGUAAAAAAAUAUAUAUUCGACAUAACGUCAAAAUAAAUGUAUCAAUGUACUAAGA